AUGUAUGGCGUCGUGUGGAGAAACUGUCAAACUUAUGAUGCAAACCUUGCAUCUGUGCAUAAUAAACUGGAAAAUGAUCUCCUACUGAGCCUGGUGCCUUCCACACGUUUUUGGGUUGGCGCUCAGGAUGGUGAACAAGAAGGACAGUGGAUUUGGAGCGAUGGAAGUCCCUUUGACUACACCAGCUGGUGCUCUGGAGAACCUACCAAUGGAGGAAAUAUAGAAAACUGCCUGGAGCUGGCCUGGACCUCUAACCGUUGCUGGAACGACAUAACAUGUUCAGUACAACUUGGCUUUGUUUGUGCUAAAAACCUGUGAGAUCACAUGCAGUCAUCCUGCUCCACUCCACGUGAUUGUGCUACAUACAUUUACAUUUUCUGAACUCAUCCUUUAUAAAACAUGUUAAUCUGAAAUUAAACUUGCCUCUUUUCUCAGUAUCUUUUCUAAAGCACUACUCUAAUCAAUAAAAAAAAUUGACAAAGCA